AUGGCCGGGCCCAUCGCAGCCAACGCCACGGCUCCUCAGGGCAACUGGAGCCUCCUCCACCACACGCUCCUGCCCUGCGGGGAUGCGGCGGGGGUGACCUGGGUCCUGGUUGCCUCGUACAGCGUGGAGACGGCGCUGGGCGUCCUGGGCAACGCCUGCUUCAUCGCCAUCCUGCUCCGGCACAAGGAGAAGGCCCUCGUCACCACCAUCUUCCUCCUCAGCCUGGUCGUCUCGGACCUGCUCGUGUGCGUCUUCUGCCUGCCCUUCACCGCGGCCGCCGUCCUGCUCGACGGCUGGGUCUUCGGCGAGGCCAUGUGCCGGGCCACCUCCUUCAUCCAGUGCGCCGCCGUGACUGUCUCCAUCCUGUCACUCGUGCUCAUCGCGCUGGAGCGGCACCAGCUCGUCGUGCACCCGACCGACUGGAGGCCCGGCCCGGCCCACGCCCGCCUGGCCGUGGUGGGCAUCUGGGCCGCGGCGGCACUCGUGUCCCUGCCCUUUGCGACCAACUCCGCGCUGAUCCGCGACUUCCCGGGGCAGCUCCACUUGGCAGCCCCCGAGGCGGGCCGGGCGCUCUGCGUGUGCGCCUGGCCCUCGGAGACGCUCCGCCUUGCCUAUGCAGCCGCCCUGCUGCUCCUGCAGUACCUGCUCCCCCUCCUCUUCAUCGCCGCCUGCUACCUGCGCAUCUCCUUGCGCCUCUGGGGCCGGGAGCGCAUGCUCGGGAGGCGCGCGGCCCAGCUGAGGCGGGUGAACACCCUGCUGGCCUCCAUGGUGGGGGCCUUCGCCGCCUGCUGGCUGCCGCUGCACGUCUUCAACAGCAUCGACGACUGGAGCUACCGCGUGGUCCCCUCCUGCCUGCACGACCUCGUCUUCUCCCUGUGCCAUCUCGCCGCCAUGGCCUCCGCCUGCAUCAACCCCGUCAUCUACGGCUUCCUCAACAGCAACUUCAAGAAGGAGGUGAAGGGCCUGGCACUGCGCUGCCGCCGCCGCCGCUCCCCAGGGCGCACCGGCGAGAGCGUGCCCCUCUCGACCGCGCAGACGGACGCCUUCAGGGGGCCGCUGCAGCCGAGCUGCCCACAGGCCCCUGCGUAG